CGGCCGGAGCCACCGCGUCCCGGGCGCGCAGGGCCAUGGAGAGGGCUGCCCAGGGCGCGGACGGCGGCGGCGGCUCCAGCCCCGGCCCCGGCAGCAGCAGCCGCAGCAGCAGCAGCCGCGCCACCUCGGCCGGCUCCUCGCCCUCCUGCGCCCUGGCGAGCCGCGGGGUGCCGGGCCGGGGCGCGGGGGGCAGCCGCAGCAGCCCUGGCUCGGUGGCCGCCAGCCCGUCCGGGGGCGUUGGCGUUGGCUUUGGGGGUCGCAGAAGGGAGCCGGCGGCGCUCGAGGGGGUGCUCAGCAAGUACACCAACCUCCUGCAAGGUUGGCAGAACAGGUACUUCGUGCUGGAUUUCGAUUCAGGCAUUCUGCAGUACUUUGUGAACGAGCAGAGCAAACACCAGAAGCCCCGAGGAGCUCUGCCUCUGUCGGGAGCCAUCGUGUCCCUGAGUGAUGAAGCACCCCACAUGCUGGUCGUGUAUGCUGCCAACGGGGAGAUGUACAAACUGAGAGCUGCUGAUGCAAAAGAGAAACAGUUCUGGGUGACUCAGCUUCGAGCUUGUGCCAAAUAUCACAUGGAAACAAGUUCUAAGACUACUCCAAGCUCCCGAAGCCGAAGUCUCACAUUGCUCCCCCAUGGAACACCUAAUUCUGCGUCUCCCUGUAGCCAGAGACACCUCAUUGCGGGCGCCCCCGGCGUUGUCACAGUCACUCAUCACAAGUCGCCUGCAGCUGCCCGAAGAGCCAAGAGUCAGUAUUCCGGCCAGCUUCACGAAGUCAGAGAGAUGAUGAGCCAGGUGGAAGGACAACAGAAAAGUCUGGUGCAUGCCAUCGAGUCUUUACCCGGCUCUGGACCCCUCACUGCCUUGGACCAGGACCUGCUGCUCCUAAAAGCUACCUCUGCUGCCACCCUCAGCUGCCUGGGGGAGUGCCUGAGCUUAUUACAGCAGAGUGUGCACCAAGUGGGCCCGCCUAGUCACAAGCCAGGGACCUCUGAAAACAUCCUGGGAUGGCAUGGGCCCAAAUCACAUUCCACAGAGCAGCUGAAAAAUGGGACAUUUGGCUCUCUGCCAUCAGCCAGUGCCAACAUAACCUGGGCGAUUCUACCCAAUUCUGCCGAAGAUGAGCCCACUCUACCGCCAGAACCAGAGCCAAAUUCAAGCCCUGAACUUGUUUUGUCUGAAGAUGAAAAAAGUGACACUGAAGAUAAGGAAGAAGCAGAGUUGGGCGUCAUGGAAGAUCAGCGCAGUAUAAUUCUGCAUCUUAUUUCUCAGCUCAAACUCGGGAUGGAUCUAACCAAGGUGGUGCUGCCUACAUUCAUUCUGGAGCAGCGGUCCUUGCUGGAGAUGUAUGCGGAUUUCAUGGCGCACCCAGACCUGCUGCUGGCCAUCACUGCGGGGGCCACACCAGAGGAGAGGGUCAUUUGCUUCGUGGAGUAUUAUCUCACUGCCUUCCAUGAGGGCCGCAAGGGGGCCUUGGCCAAGAAGCCCUACAACCCCAUCAUUGGGGAGACAUUUCAUUGCUCAUGGGAAGUGCCCAAGGAUAGGGUCCGGCCAAAGAGGACUGCUUCCAACUCACCUGUUGGCCAUGAACACCCCGUGGCCAGUGACCCCUCCAAAGGCUACAAAUUACGGUUUGUGGCGGAGCAAGUGUCCCACCACCCGCCCAUCUCCUGCUUCUACUGUGAGUGCAAGGAGAAGAGACUGUGUGUCAACACUCACGUAUGGACCAAAAGCAAGUUCAUGGGCAUGUCCGUUGGGGUAUCAAUGAUUGGGGAAGGGGUGCUGAGGCUUCUGGAACACGGGGAGGAGUAUGUGUUCACCCUGCCGAGUGCCUACGCCCGCUCCAUCCUCACCAUCCCCUGGGUGGAGCUCGGAGGAAAAGUCAGCAUCAACUGUGCUAAGACUGGCUACUCCGCCAUGGUGAUCUUCCACACGAAGCCUUUCUACGGAGGGAAAGUCCACAGGGUUACAGCUGAAGUAAAGCACAACCCUACCAACACCAUUGUCUGCAAAGCUCAUGGUGAAUGGAAUGGAACCUUGGAGUUCACCUACAGCAAUGGGGAGACCAAAGUCAUUGACACGACCACGCUGCCAGUAUACCCAAAGAAGAUCCGUCCUCUGGAGAAGCAGGGCCCAAUGGAGUCCAGGAACCUCUGGCAGGAAGUGACCCGGUACCUGCGGGUGGGGGACAUCGAUGCUGCCACAGAGCAGAAACGUCAACUGGAAGAGAAGCAGAGGCUUGAGGAACGGAAGCGGGAGAACCUCCACAUGCCCUGGAGACCCAAAUAUUUUACCCAGGAGGGUGACAGCUGGGUAUACUUCAAUCCUCUCUGGAAGGCACAGUGAUGGGGUGCGGCGCAGAGCUUUCAGAAAUAGCUGUUUUUUUGUAGGAAUAAAGUGGUAUCGUAUCAAGGUUUGGCUGAUAUGUGCUGAGAAAGCUUGAUAUCGCUCAAGAAUUCAUCUGUGAGAAAUUAUAAACUGUGAAAAAUGCUCCCUCCCCAACUGUUUUAGGAUUGAGUUUCCUUUUCAGGAGCCACCUGGGACCUUCGCAUGUAUGCAGAGGUGGGCACUCAGCACUGACUGUUUACAUGCAUGUACUCAGCUAUAGGGAGGAUGCUUGUGUGUAGACAUCACACCUGGCAAGGUGUACAUGGGUUAUUAGAAGCUCCUUUUUAUCAAUGAAGUUUGUGACAUUUUCUAUUCUUCAUGAUGCCAAAAAUGUUUUGCACUGACCCGGGGAUUUUCACUCAUCUCUGGUCCAACGAAAGGUGAACUGGCCAUGGCCCAUUCAUGUGGAAAAAGAUAUGUAUCACUCAGCCCGAUACAUGUGUCGGGGCUAUUGCUUCAAAAUGAUGGUCAAGUCCCCCGGACUUCAAUAUCUUGUUCAUUCAGAACCAAAAACGAUAAGUGCUAGUUCUAGUUGGUUGGAGAGUGGAUAGAAAACGGUUAUUAAUGGUUAAUGCCAGAAAUUUC